GUGCUGGACUCGAUUUCAUGCAGGUCGUGCGUAGUAGCGUCGUACGUUUCGACAAAAAGCAUCCAUGUUGCAAUCUUGAAGAAAGAACCAAACAAAACCUACAAAAUUCCGUUUAAUUGUGUAAAAAAACUAAUGGCCGGACUACGGAAACACUAAAUCCAGUAAUCAUGUAUAAUAAUAUCGGUCUAACGACCGCCCGAGGAUCGGGGACAAAUGGCUACGUACAGAGAAAUCUCUCGUUUGUGCGAAAUCGCAAAGAAAAAAUUGACUACAAGACAGACGAAGAUUUGGCAAAACUGGAAAUGAUGAACACAAAGAAACCAAACAAGGAGAUCCUAGAGCAUCAGAAGAAACGAGAAGUAGAGUUAAAGUGUAUGGAACUACAAGAUAUGAUGGAAGAGCAGGGAUAUGAUGAUGCAGAGGUACAACUGAAGGUGACACAGCUGCGGGCAUUUCUUACGGAGGAAGCAGGGUUUAACAAGGAAGGAAAGCAAAAGUUGACCGAGACACACCAAGUUGCUGAAGCAAAUGAAGAAAAGAAUGCUAAAAUGAAGCAGGCGCUUGGCAUCAAGGAUGAUUACAGAGAUGGUUCGUCAUUCAACCAGGAGCUCCAGGCAGCACAAGCUGCGCAGCGGGCGGCAGAAAAAGCCAAACAGGAUGAUGAGCAACGAGAGAGGAUGGAAAGAGAGCAGGAGAGAAAUAAGCAGAAAGAAAAACGAGCAAAGGACAAAUCUCCAGCUAGAAAAAAGAAAAAAAGGCGCCCACCAACACCUUCGUCUAGCUCAGACUCUGAGAGUGAGUCAAGUUCAGAGAGCUCUAGUAGCUCGUCCGAGGAAGAGGAAGUGUCACGCAAGAAAAGGCACAGGAGCAAACGGCACAAAGCGAGGUCUCCAUCUGAAAGCCCUCCGCGAAAACCAAGACGAAAGAAAGAGAAGAAACAAAGUGAAAGUUCACCCUCUCCAAGCCCAGACCGACGACGCCACAAGGAAAAGAAACACAGAAACAGGUCCCGUGACCAGAGUCGUAGUGAAAGCCCAGAAGUCAAGUCUAGAAAGAAAAGCAAAAAACAAAGCCGAAGAUUGUCACCAAGUCCUCAGCGCUCCAAUAUCCAGGACACACUACAAAGAAUGGCUGGUGUCAGUCCCUCCCAAGUGCAGCGUGAUGAGAAACAAGUGAAGGGCAAAUCGAGAAAGAAAAGACGCAGCCCAAGCUCAGAAGAUGAGCCAGCAUCCCGGCGCCAUGCAUCCAGCUCACCUGAAGACUCGCCGCCAAAGAAGAAGAGGAAACGUCGAGUGGAAAGCGAGGAGAGAUCACCCUUCAAGAGCAGACACUCCAAGAAAGGAAAGGAAAGAAAGGGGGAGUUGCCAGGCCGUAGCAUGGAGGAGGAAAGAUCGCCGGAGCCGCCUGCAAGGGAAGAGCCCCGGAGGGAGAACGCCAGGAGACGAAAGGAUAGCAGCUCGGAGAACGAGCGAGCCAAUAAACCUAAGACACGGAGGUCUGAGACACGAAGUUCUAGGCAAAGUAAUCAGAGGUCAAGUUCGCCCGGAGAUGCGUCACCAGGCAGAGGAGGUUCAAGGGAGCCUAAGCCGCGGAGAAACAGGGAGGGGAGACAGGGGGGAGGUUCUAGGGACAGGGACUCUCAGAGAAGAGAAAGAAGCCCAGUCCCGGAGAGAAGACAAGAGAGGAGGCGCCAGGAUAGUUCGUCACCCUCUGUCUCACCCCCUAGAAGGAGUAAAGGAAGAAGAGAAGAGAACUCUGUCUCACCCCCUAGAAGGAGUAAAGGAAAAAGAGAAGAUAACUCUGCCUCGGCCCCUAGAAGUAGAGGAAAAAGAGAAGAGAACUCUGUCUCACCCCCUAGAAGGAGUAAAGGAAGAAGAGAAGAGAACUCUGUCUCACCCCCUAGAAGGAGUAAAGGAAGAAGAGAAGACAACUCUGUCUCACCCCCUAGAGGAAAUAGAGGAAGAAGAGAAAAGAACUCUGCCUCGCCCUCUAGAAGAAGAGGAAGAAGAGAGGAGACCUCUGUCUCACCUUUGCGACGAAGUAAAGACAGUAGAGAAGAGGAAACGCAAAAACGUGUAGAUGCUCCCCGUGACCCCUCACCGAUGGAAGAGGAAAGAAGGCAGUCUCAAAGAGCUACUUCAAAACAGCGCACUAACCCUGACAGAAGACGCAAAUCGUCUCCUCCCUCAGCCUCUGAGAAGGAUCGCAAUCAGAGGAAGGAUAAGGCAAAGCGUGAGCCCACCCCUGAAUCAUCCAGCGAUAGUAGUGACGACUCGUCCAAUGAUUCCGACUCUGGAUCCGAAUCUGAAGACGAGUCUUCUUCGGAAAGUGCCGAGGAAAACACAAAAAUUUCAAGUAGUGUUAAAAAAGGGUUGCAGAAUGGCGACAUUGACAGCAAACCUAGACCAAGCCCCGCGGUUAGAGAAGCUGAAAUGGGACGUUCCCGUCGGGACAAUAGCACUUCUCCCCUACCAAGGCAAACUCGCAGGGUAUCGCCUACACAGGCUGUACGUCCAAGCUCAACACAGGGGCAGAGUGCUCCAGUAGGAAGAACCAAGUCCCCAAGCAGGAGUUACACUUCUCCUAGACAAAGACGAACUUCGCCAAAUAAUCGGUCACCACCUCCAAGACGUAGGUCACCGUCACCAAGACGCCCAUCACCAUCGCCAAGGCGUCGGUCAACUUCGCCAAGCCGCAAAUCACCACCGCCAAGACGCCGUUCACCGUCACCAAGACGUCGUUCACCCUCGCCGAGACGUCGUUCACCCUCGCCGAGACGUCGUUCACCCUCGCCAAGACGUCGUUCACCCUCGCCAAGACGUCGAUCACCAUCGCCAAGACGUCGAUCACCAUCGCCAAGACGUCGAUCACCAUCGCCAAGACGCCGAUCACCAUCGCCAAGACGUCGUUCACCCCCGCCAAGACGUCGUUCACCGUCGCCAAGACGCCGAUCACCGUCGCCAAGACGCCGAUCACCAUCGCCAAGACGUCGUUCACCCUCGCCAAGACGCCGAUCACCAUCGCCAAGACGCCGAGCAUCAUCGCCAAGACGCCGAUCACCAUCGCCAAGACGUCGUUCACCAUCGCCAAGACGUCGGUCACCAUCGCCAAGACGUCGGUCACCAUCGCCAAGACGUCGGUUGCCUUCGCCGAGGCGUCGUUGGUCACGGUCACCAUCACCAAGGCGUGAGCAAUUUUCGCCAAGGCAGCAUUCACCCUCGCCACCCCCGAGAAGGUCAUUCCAGCGAAGAUCAGGGAGCCAAGAGGGAUACCCUGAAGGGUACCUAGAGCUGUCUGAUAGCCCAAGGCGUGGCACAUCCCCUAGACCGAUGGGACGUGUAUCUCGUAGAAGCCCAUCUCCCGAGCGGGCACUUGCCGAGGUUCGUGAAAAGAUCGAAGUACCCCGGAGAAGCUCUCACAUGGAGGACUCCUCGGCCAACAGAAGUAUCAGCCCUGUCAAAGAAAGGGCAAGUAGCAAACCAUCUGAGAAAGCCAUGGAAGCACCAUCCGGCAAAGCUCCAGAUACCAAACAGAAGGAGAGGAAAAAAACAGAUUCCGACAGCGACGAUGACGAAAGUAGUGAGAGCGAUAGUAGCGAUGAUGAGGACAGCAGCGAUACUAGCGACUCUGACGAUAGCAGUGACUCGAGCAGCGAUAGUGCUUCAGAUAGCAGUGAUAGCAGCGAUUCAGAGAGCGACAACCCGGGAGAUAAGAGAUAAAAAACCUGAGCCCAACAACUAUAGGCGUGGUAGGGCAAGAUAUCCCUAUCUCCCUACACCCCAACCAUAGUCUCACUUCAAGAGAUCUGGGACCUCACUUCAGAAGUGAUCUGUGACCUGAACCCCAUAACUGUAGGCGUGGCAGAUAAAGGUACUCUUGGGGACACAUCUAUUUUCGUCUCACAAUCUUUUCUUGAGAUAAGAGCCCUAAUAGUUAACCUCAUAUUAAGGGUGUGACAGAUUGUGGUACAGCCUACACCUUCGCUACCCCAUCGCUUGUCGCAGAUCUGGAGUGACCAUACUGUAGCCUCGCUCCCACAUCCCGCCGCUAUUGCCCUGUUAGUAGUGGACACAUCAAAGAGUACCUAAUACUGAACUAUGUUUUUCUUUUUUGUACUUUUGGUCAUUAAGCAGCUAAUAAGAAUGCCGCUUGAUAGUUACAGUGACUUUUAUGGACCUUUUAUUUAUAUAAUCUACUGGAUAUACCUCGCACCGCGACAAUUGUUAAAAAGGCGAGGCCGUAGGAAUACGAGGAUUACAUGAUCCCACUGAUCGUUUUACAAAAUAAAAUCUUUAAGGCCUAUUAACACUAGCAAAGGAGGCGGACAUGUUUACAACGUGUGUGUAAAUCAGCAUAAAGGAAGCGAAAUCGGAGGAGGGAACGGAAUGGUCCCUUGUAUUCUCCGUUUUUGUGUCGUCCCCACUGGUUUUAACACGCGAAGUAAGCAUCUUACAUCCCCGCUAUCUCCCGGUUUUAGUGCGUUGACAAGAUUUCUCUGUGUUAUUCAGGAAAUGUACUUCUGUGCUUUAUUUGAUCGUUCUGUGUUCACUGGUCGCUGGUUUCCACAUAAAUUCGAUCGAUUGUUUUGAAUUUUGAGCACAACGAAAUCACGUCUGUUAUACUGCUGCUGAGGAUUCAGUGGAAACUAGCCGCUUACCUAAUGUAUGUAAUUAAAAGUGUACUAUUGUUUAAAAAAGGAAUAAAGUUAUAUAUCCUGCUC